CAUCGCUCCAACUUCAAUGCUCUCGACGCUCGCGCAGCUGCGCACCGUGGCUACCGCGACCACCCGACUCGCCGGGACAUUACGCUGUCGCUCAUUCUCAUCCACGGCCGCGCGCGCGGAGGAGAUCACCCUCGGACCGCCGGCGUGCUACGUCUCGCACUCCACCGACCCGUGGUUCAACCUCUCCUACGAAGACUGGUUGCUGCGACACACACCGAAGGAGCAGCCCAUCCUCUUCGUGUACCGCAACAUCCCAUGUGUCGUCAUCGGGCGUAACCAAAACCCAUGGAAGGAGACGACGCCGCGGUAUCUGCGCGAGAUCGGGCUGCCGCUCGUGCGGCGGCGGAGUGGCGGCGGGACAGUGUAUCAUGACAUGGGAAACACCAACUUCUCCGUCAUCACGCCCCGGGCAUUGUUCACGCGGAACGGUGGCGCGGAGCUCGUCUCGCGCGCAGUCAGGGAGCGGUUGAAUGUGCCGAGCUGUACCGUCAACGAGCGCAAUGACGUCGUGCUCCGCCCGGAUGGGACAAAGGAGGGCGAGCUCAAAGUCUCGGGGUCCGCGUACAAGAUCAUCUCGCACCGCGCAUACCAUCAUGGCACAAUGCUGAUCUCGUCGGACGUUGCGAAUCUCGGCGCAGCCCUCCGCUCCUCCAAUCCGCUGAUGGAGACGAAGGGGAUCGCCUCGCAUCGCGCGCCAGUCUCGACCAUCAACGCGUACAGGGCAGGCGAGAGGGAGAUCACGCACGACGACUUCGUGAGGGCUGUGCGCGACGAGUUCGUGGCCACAUAUCGCGGCGACGUCUCAGAGUAUAAUGUGCACGAAGAGGAUGUCGAGCUGCCGCAGGUAUCUGAGGGGAUGGCGGACAUGAAGUCAUGGGAGUGGCAGUAUGGCCAGACGCCCGAAUUCACAAAUAUCAUCCACGGCGAAGUGACCGCCGGCAAGCUCACCGCGCACAUCUCAAGCCGACACGCCCUGAUUACCGAGUGCACCAUCGAGCUCGACAAGCACGAGAAUGCCGCCGAUGAUGCUGCGCAGGACGCACUCGAGCACAUCUCCCUGGCGCUGAGGGGUGUGCGGUACGAGAGCCUCGAGGGCGCAGAGAACAUCCUGGGAGACAGCGUUCCGCCCGACCUAGCAUGGGAGGUCCUCCUAUGGCUCCGUGGCUCCAUGUGAUGCAUAUGUCCGCCCCGUAUCUGUCACUAGCCCACAGCUCUGAGCGUCGUGUCAAUGAAGGGCAUGGUUCUGGGUCCG